AUGGAUCCCGCCGCCCCCUCCCCGAGCGGCGAUCGCCCGGCGACGGGCACGGCGGGGGAGGCGGAGAGGCGGCAGCGGCAGCGCGUGAAGCGGGAGGUGUGCGACGAAGUGGUCCGCAAGCUGCGCGAGGCGCGCCACCCGAGCGCGCAGGCCAGCGGCUUCGACGCCGACCUCCUCGCGCACUUCAACCGCCUCCCCAUCAGGUACGCGUUGGACGUGAACACGGAGCGCGCGGAGGACGUGCUGACGCACAAGCGGCUGCUGGAGGAGGCGGCGCGGCUGCACGGGCUGCCCGUCUUCUUCGUCCGCGCCGUCCGGAUGGCGGCAGCGGGGGAGGCGGGGCAGCACGCGAGCAUGGAGACGAACGACCACCAUCCUGCCUUGGCGCCCCACGGCGCGCUAGCGCCGCCAGCGUUUGGGUCGUCGCCGAAUCUGGAGGAGCCGGUGGCGGGCGGCGGGCAUGGCGGGGCGGGCGGCAUGGACGCCGACCACCCCAACUCGCUCAGUGCGCCGUACUACAACGUGCCCAUGCACGAGGUCACCUUCUCCACCUUCGACCGCCCCAAGCUGCUCAGCCAGCUGUCAGCGGUGUUGGCGGAUGCGGGGUUGAACAUAAGGGAGGCGCAUGUCUUCUCCACGUCCGACGGGCUCUCCCUCGACGUCUUUGUUGUCGACGGCUGGCCCACCGAGGACGUGGUGGAUCUGCAUGCAGCCUUGGUGCGCGUGCUGCAGAUGGGGGCGGGCGCAGCGCUCUCCAUGCAGCCAGAGGCGUCCGGCCAGUCAAUGCAGUCGAUGCAGUCAGGGCCGGGCCCCGCCGUGUCGGAGUCAACGGGCAUGGGAGGGGCGGGGGCAGCGGGGCAGGGGGCGGGGUCGAUGGUGUCGGGGGCGGAGUCACAGUCGCGCGUGCCCAUCCCCACGGACGGGCGGGACGACUGGGAGAUCGACAGCCAGCAGCUCAAGCUGCACCACAAGAUCGCCUCCGGCUCCUUUGGUGACCUGUACCGGGGCACGUACUGCGGGCAGGACGUGGCGAUCAAGAUCUUAAAGCCCGAGCGACUUAACGACUCGCUGCAGCAGGAGUUCGCACAGGAGGUGUAUAUCAUGAGGAAGGUGCGCCAUAAGAACGUGGUGCAAUUCAUUGGAGCCUGCACCAAGCCACCCAACCUCUCUAUAGUCACGGAGUUCAUGGUGGGUGGCAGUGUGUACGACUACAUUCACAAGCAGCGUGGCAGCAUGCGCCUGCCCAUGGUGGUGCGUGUGGCCAUGGACGUGGCCAAGGGAAUGGACUUCCUGCACAAGAACAACAUCAUCCACCGCGACCUCAAGGCUGCUAACCUACUUAUGGAUGAGAACGAGGUGGUGAAGGUGGCGGACUUUGGGGUGGCGAGGGUGAAGGCGGGCAGUGGCAUCAUGACGGCCGAGACCGGCACGUACCGAUGGAUGGCGCCUGAGGUGAUAGAGCACCGUGCGUACGACCACAAGGCGGACGUCUUCAGCUUCGGCAUCACGCUGUGGGAGCUGCUCACCGGCAAGCUACCAUAUGCGGAUCUCACGCCCCUGCAAGCAGCUGUCAGCGUCGUGCAAAAGGGGCUGCGGCCGCCCAUCCCCAAGGGCACGCACCCACGGCUGGCGGAGCUGAUGGUGCGGUGCUGGCACACCAACCCCAAUGAACGACCUGAGUUCAGCAUAGUGCUGCGCCUGCUGGCUGACAUGGCCCAUGAGGUGGAGGAGGAGGGCGACGGCGAGCAGAGGCGCCGGGAGAAGCGAGGCGGCUUCUUUGCCUCGCUUAAACGCACAGGGGGCAAGUGA